UUAAGUAGUUGUUUGUUACUUGUUAAAUACAAAUUUCAAGAAGCAAGAUAAGAAGAACAAGAACCAAUCUCCCACGGAAACAAAACUUUUCUAAUCUUUUAAGUCUCUAGCACCAGUGCACCACCAACAAGGAAUCCAAAUUCUCUACCCUAUUGAGCUCACUUCGGAUUCAAACGGCAUCCAUCGAUGGAAUGGACGAGAGGUAAGCCCGUCGGCAGGGGAAGCUUCUCCACUGUAAGUUUGGCCGUCCCCAGAAGUGGUUGCAGUAUAACUAAGUUUCCUCCAUUAAUGGCAGUGAAAUCCGCCUUCGCUUCCAAGUCUUCUUCGCUACGAAUGGAGAAAGAAAUUCUGACCCAUCUCCGUGGUUGUCCUCAAAUUCUUCAUUGUUUUGGCGACGAUCUCACGGUCGAGAAUGGGAACCAGAUUUAUAACAUCUUCUUAGAGUAUGCCCCAACUGGUAGUCUAGCUGACCUACUCAAGAUUUCCGGUGGUUUGUUUGUGGAAUCGGAUGUUCGACGCUACGCGAGAUCAAUUCUCCGAGGCCUUCGUUGCAUCCACGCAAAUGGCUAUGUACACUGUGACAUCAAGCCCCAGAACAUCCUCGUCUGUUCUUAUCCAGACGGAAGCAACGGCGUUAAGAUCGCCGAUUUUGGGCUGGCAAAGACGGCAGGAAAUGAGAAGAGGAGAACGGAAGGUGGGGUGUCUGAAUUAAGAGGCACGCCGCUUUAUAUGUCCCCUGAAUCCAUCGCUCGGAAUGAACACGAGGCGCCGGCCGAUAUAUGGGCUCUCGGGUGCGCCGUGUUGGAGAUGGUGUUGGGCAAGCCCGCAUGGAGGUGUCGGGCGAGCGAGGAGGUCGUCGCCCUAUUAUACCGGAUUGGUUUCGGGGAAGAAGUACCGGAGAUUCCAGCGGAAUUGUCGGCAGAGGGGAGGGAUUUCAUAGAGAAAUGUUUCAUCAAAGAUCCUCGGAAGAGAUGGACAGCAGAGAUGCUACUGAAUCAUCCAUUUGUAGCCGAAGACACUGUUUCAUUGUCCGAGUGCGAGAAACAAUCUCCAUCUCCGAGGAGCGCCUUCGACUUUCCGGAAUGGAACUCCCUACGAUCGUCGGUUUCCAAUUCGGUGGACUCUUCUUCUUCUUCGCCGGUGUCAUCGUCGUCAUCGGAUUCCUUAACUUGUUGUGAAGAAGAAGAAAAAGACCAAUCCGAUUCUCCUCGUUAUUCGGCCAGUCGGAUUCGAGAGGUGGCGACGGGACAAGUAUCGAAUUGGUCGACCUCAGAUGGUUGGGUCACCGUAAGGGAGGCAGAAUCCUCUGUUUCUCUGGUAGGGCAGUGAUGCUGCUGUGUUAGAAGCCGAAGCAUGAACUAUGAAGCAUGGAUCGGGAUUCGGGAGGGAAGGAGGGAGGGAGGGAGAUCAAGAGACACGUUUCAUCAGACGGUUCUGAUCUCUUCUCAAGUGAUUUCACUUUGUAAAUAUGUGAUAUGGACCAUCGAUUUUGAUUGAUGAUGGACCCUGACUCCUGAUCCAGUACAAAAUUAUUUCCCAAGGAGCAUCCAUCAAUUUUGUAAAACAUGAUGAAAGCCGAAGAAAAGAAAAUCAGCAUGUGGCACCAUAGAUAACAGGCCGAGGGCAGAUAUGCUAAUAGAUCUGGCUCUCUGUGGCUUAUCUUAUCAUGCUUGAGGAAGCGGACGAGAACACGGGAUCUAAAAGACAAUCUCUGCUCUCUGGGGCGGGUCCCGGAAAUAUAAAUUAAUAAAUACAUAAAAUGUAAUUAAUUAAUGAUUCAAUAUAACAGGGUACACUGUACAGUACACGAGCGGGCACAAUGACUUUGCUAAAGACCAAAUGAAGGGAAGUGGGGUCUGAGGAGGUAAGGAUCAAAGAAGUAGGUGGAGAAAGGAAAGAUUGAUAACAAUGUUCCAUGUCUCUGUUGUCAAAAAUAUUUUCUGUAAACAAUUCCUGAGCCGCUUAGCUUUUCAAUGGUCAAUAUUGCUUACUUUAAUGGGGGAGGAAAUCAGCUUCAUACAUACAUGGUUGCGACUUGCGAGUUUCAAGUUUUCGUUGAAAACUCAUUAACUCAUCUUUGUAAGCUGCUU